AUGGCUCAAGAGGAGGAACAGUUAACUGAACGUGAUCCCAAUAUCAAUACAAUUAGUGAAAUACCAGCAAAAAAGUUUGCUAUUACUAUGGAAUUUCCUUUGUUUCUUGUGAUGAUGGGGAUGUCUUUAUGUGGAGCGGCUAUAAGCAACGUAGUGCUGUACCGAACUUGCGUCCACGCUCUCCACUAUUCAGUGGACGAAUGCAAGCCAUUCCUGUCAAUAGACAAGACUAAUGAGACCCAACACUUGGAGGCUGAGGUUCAAAGAUAUGCGACUGUUGUGGGGACAGUCAGGAGUGUCAUGGAAGCAGUGGUACCCGCGAUACUAUGCUUCUUUUUGGGAGUAUGGUCUGAUACCCAUGGUCGAAAACCACUGGUGGUGUGGCCGCUCUUCGGUUUCUCGAUGUCUGCUGGAUUGACGGUCAUCUACUGUAUGUCGGACAAUUUGGGUCCCUGGUGGUUCGUAUUGACUGCCAUCCCCCAAUCCCUCUGUGGAGGUUUUACCAUUUUCUUUACUGGUGCAUUUUGUUAUUUGAAUGACAUCACGUCGACUGAGAAUAGAUCUAUUAGGAUGAUGUUGUUGGAAGCGGCUGUGGGUUUGGGAAGUGUAGCAGGAGCGCUAAUGAGCCCUCACGUGUUGAGAAUGGUGGGCAAUGUGUAUCUCGUGUUAAUAGCUACAUCGCUAAACGUUUUAGCAUACGCAUUUACAAACGUAUACAUAAGAGAAUCCUUGGUUGGAGCUAUUGAGGGUGGUCUUUCGACGGUCCUCGACUUCUUAUUAGUCAAAGAGAUGGUACGAGAAUGUUUCAAGAGUCGACCAAACAAUGGCAGAGCACAAUUGCUCCUCUUGACAAUAGCCAACAGCUUAUCAAUAUUUAUUCUAUAUGGACUGAUUCCCUUAGAAUACAUGUUUACAAGACAAAAGCUUCAUUGGGGCAUAAAGGAUUACACACAAUUUUCAGCUGUAGGCACGGCAAUAUCCUUCUUAGGUUCAGCUAUAGGAAUUAUUGUUCUACAAAAAAUAUUGAAGAGAAGUGAUUUGUUCGUUACUAAUGUAGCGUUUAUAUCCGCAAUCGCAGACUAUCUUAUUAGAACAGUUGCUACCAAGUCUUGGCAUAUGUAUAUGGGUGCAUCCAUAGCGUCAGUAAAGGGUCUCUCGGCUCCAUUAAUCAGGUCCUUUUUGACGAAAAUCCUGCCUGUUGUGGAUAUAGCAAAAGUGUUCGCAUUGAUGUCUGCUAUCGAAGGCAUAUGCCCCUUAAUCUCACCAUUUAUGUACAAUUCGCUGUACCAGUUCACCGUGGCCGUGUUCCCGGGAUCGAUCUAUGUGCUCAGCAGUGCUGUUACUUUAGUCUGCGUUAUCUGCAUAUCAACCGUCCAAUACUUCAGAUGGAAUGUAACCACUCCAUAUCAGACUUUGGUUGCAGCUUAG